AUGCUGCUCCUCCACCAGACUGGCAGCGUCAAAAUCGGCGAGGUUGUCCGCUACACCGUCACCUACACUCCCUCCCAAGAUCGCAUCCUCCCUUCACCAGAGAAGCUCUAUGUACGAAUACGCAACACGUCCAACAUCGCCCUGCGAGCGGCCUUUGUCCACGGCCCCUACACGCUGAGCGUGGCGACAUACCCCGCCAAGUUCAACCCAAACGAAAAGUUUCCCAGCCCCCGCCGCUAUGGUGUCCCUGAAUUCGAGCCCAUGCUCAAGGCUGGAGGCUCCUGGGAGUGCCAGCUGGUUGUGCCAGAAGAUGUACGGCAGUUAGCCGGUACUGGAGGCAACAACACGGUGUUUGGCAACGGUCCGGAGCACGAUUUCGAAAGCGCGAGCUGGGUGAUUGAGAUCUCGUCGCAGGUCAUCUUCUCCACAUCGGCAGCGGUUGGCUACGAGCUUUUGGUGGCGAGAGAGCAGAAAUCAUUGAGUCUCGGCUCUUCUGUUCCGGUUGUUAGUGGCCAGGCCCAGGUUCCACAGCCUGGAAAGUUGACGGACCAUCAGCAGAGCAUUGGGGCCAAGGAUGGACAUCACCCAGGACAACCUCGAGGUGUCUUCUCAAGAGCUAUACAGGUCAAAGUGGAGGAUACGGCAACGCUGUGGAACACACCACGGCUACCGGGAUGGGAUGACGCGGGUGACAAGAGGGUGGAAGACCGGCCUGCCGCCGAUCAACCUGUCGAGAGCAUGGUGAAAACUGGCGAUCCAGAAACCAAAGAGGAAGCAGAACCGUCUCCACGAAAGCAGAAGAAGAUUCACCUCGUCAUUUUAACUCAUGGUUUACAUAGCAAUCUGGGCGCCGACAUGUUGUUCAUGAAGGAGAGCAUCGAUGCUGCUGCAAAGCAGGCCAAGAUUGAUGCCAAAGCUAGGCGAGCAAAGAAACGAGCAGAGGAUGAGGAGGCCUCCGACAAAAAGGCGCAGGAUGGGUCUUCGUCAACAGGCAGUGAGGACGACGAGGAAGACGAAGACGAAGAAGUCAUUGUGCGAGGAUACUCGGGCAAUGCUACCAAGACAGAGAAGGGGAUUAAAUACCUUGGGAAAAGACUGGCCAGAUACGUUCUCUCAAUAACAUACCCGGAUCAGCCUUUCUUGCCGAUAGGGAAAGGUGCCAUGGAAGGGUUUACACACGGAUUGGGCGAGCAGAAAGCGCGCGACCUGAUACAGGCUCAUAAGAACAGCACCGUGAUCAAGGCAGGCGACGCAGAUGGAGCCAGCGACGUCAGCAAGUAUCGAAGGCCAUACAAGGUCACAAGCAUCAGCUUUAUCGCACAUUCACUGGGCGGGCUGGUCCAAACCUAUGCUAUUGCAUACAUACAAAAGCACUCGCCUCAAUUCUUCAAUACUAUCAAGCCUAUUAACUUUAUUGCACUAGCCACGCCCUUUCUAGGCUUGAGCAACGAGAACCCUCUCUAUGUCAAAUUUGCUCUGGAUUUUGGUCUCGUGGGCAGGACAGGGCAGGACUUGGGUCUAACGUGGAGAGCGCCGACGAUUGCACGCAGCGGCUGGGGUGCCCUCGUGAGCAACUUGGGUGAAUCUGCCCACAAAAAGGUCUAUGGAGAGUCGCAACCUGAAUCCAAACCCCUGCUGCGGAUAUUGCCUUCAGGACCUGCGCAUAACGCGCUCAAGAAGUUUCGAAACAGAACGGUCUACUCCAACGUGGUCAACGACGGCAUUGUUCCGCUGCGUACAAGUUGUCUACUGUUCUUGGAUUGGCAAGGCCUUGGGCGAGUUGGUAAAGCAAGGCGAGAUGCUGGCCUUGUAGAGACAGUGGUGGGCUUUGGAUGGGCAGAGCUAACAGGAGCCAAUAUGGGAUCAUCGCGGCAGAAAAUACAGAUGCCCCCAGAUGAUGGCGACGUAGAAUCAGGGGCCACAACUCCGAAUGCAAAUGGCAGCGGCAACAACAACGAAAACGACAGCCAUCAGGUGCCACAGCCAUCUAGCGAUGCCCUCGCCGAAGAUGACAGGGCUAGUCUCCGCUCUGUCCCGGCAGUAUUUGCCGAUGAGCCACUCGAAAGCCCAGGAGAGAAUAUUCUUCACACUCCGCUCACCGGAUUUUUCAACCUCUUCAGAAGCAACGAACCUCCAAAAGAGCACCCCACGUCUGAGAAGCAGAAGAAGAUACUGCGCAGGAGUCAAACAUUGAAAGCCAGCGAAGACGCCUCUAGUACUCCUGGCAGCUCCGCUUCAUCAGAUAUCAGCAGGCGGAUAGGCAAGGCAACGUCAGGUAACGAGCUAGAGGGUGACGCCGAAGGUUUAAGGGCGCCACCUCGGACCACCUUUUUCGAAUCUGCGGGCGACGUAUUGAAUCCCAAAAUUCCUGAUGUGGAGUGGCUCGUUGACCCGUCAAAGCGACCACGGACCAUUUUCCAUGACCGAGUCUAUCACCCUACAGAUAUUCCUCCGCCCCCUUUGAAGAAGCGAACUUCGGCACUAAGUAAGAUGAAAAUCAAGUCUUCCUCGUCGUCACUAUUCGGGCCGCUGUCGCCAGGCGGCAGCGGUUCUUCGACACCACAUGGCGGGAUAAACCAUGAAGAUUCGAUGGCGUCUGCAAAGGAUUACGACGACACUGCAAACACGGGCCCUGAAAAGCAACCUAAUGAGAUUGUUGAUGGCUCGAAUAUGCGUGUUGAGGAAAAGAUUUCUCGCGGCUACCACCGGGACUUGUCUUGGCGAAAGGUGCUUGUCAAGCUGGAACCGGAUGCCCAUAACAAUAUAUUCGUCCGCCGCAUGUUUGCCAAUGCCUACGGCUGGCCAGUUGUCAAGCAUCUAGUCGAUGCCCACUUUAGCGAUUCUGCCGUCGCGCGGCUGCGCACUGAGGAUGAGUAUAUGGGUGAACGGGCACUGGACAUCAAUCAGCCACCUGGGGCAGAUGGCGGCGAGACCAAGACAGUGUCCAUGAAACAGGCCCGUGGGGUUGCUCCGGAGCCGGCAAAUGCAAGCGAGGCACGAGAAGCACUUGAUGAAGUACCCGACCUGCCAAAGACACAGGACACAGAGCACUCUUCGCUACUGUCUCAUAGCCACCAUGGGGACCGGGCGGACUCGAUGUCGUGGAGCGAGCGCGACUGGGCUAGUAGCGAGAACGAGAGCGAGCUUGACUACAUUAACGACGCGAAUGGCGAUAAGAAGCUAGAUAAACCGAAGGAGGCCCAAGAGACGCUCAACUUGCCCACCGUCGAGAUUGAGCUGGAGAGGGCGAUAUGGCAGGUUGAGAGGGCGUUGGAGAAAGGGGAGGAAGAGCAGACUGAAAAGUCUGAAGAGAAGGACAAGAAUUCAUGA